AUGGCGGCCGGGGGUGAAGACCACGAGGCCGAGGCCGACGACGUGCUGCCCGAGCAGGGAAGCUCCUUGAGUCAGGCCCCGAAUGUUCCUGCCGCUGCGGCUGCAACCAGACUAGAGCCGAGGGCCGAUCCCGAUGCGCAGACGACGGUCAGCGAUUUCCUCGACUUCACCGAAUACCUGCCCUCGGACGUGAUACGCUCCCUGACGCUCAUCGGGAAGCUCGACCAGACCUACACGGACGCCUCCAUCAAGGUCAACGACUUGACUACGACAUGGAGCCAGCUGCCGAGCAGCGCCGCCCACGAGCGGCCGGAUCCGGCCCGCCUGCGCGCCGUCAUCUCGGAGCAGCUCGACCAGGCCGUCAGCUCCAGGGUGUUUGCCCACGCCGAGGCGGUAAGGAUGUCCGAGAAUGUCAAACGCCACUACAACAAAGCCAAGACGCUCCUGGAUAAGUUGCAAGGAAUGAUGGACAACUACCCGACCGAUGAGCCAAAGAGUCCCGUUGCUGCCAAGUCGCCCCAGAUGUCUCGCGCCAGACUGACGGUGCGGUCGACCGACGAGGACGGCAAGAAGAUAUCGCGCCACAGAAUACCCAGGAUCACGGUUCCUGGCGAAGUUUUGGCUCCCUACGACAUAGAGUACGAUACGUGCACCGAUGACAGCGACAUUAGCUCCGACUCCGAGUCUGACAUCCCGGCAGCUGGGAGACGAACGCCAGCUCCCGGGACGCGCAUCAAGCUCGUGGCCAACAAGACGCCCAAGUCGGCGAGCCGCCCGCCCCGUCCGCAGCACAGCUCGGCUGCCAUGACUGCGGCGGCGGCGGCCAACGCGGCUGCCCUGCUCAACCCGCCCCCGGAGAAUGCAGUGGUCGGCAGCUCAGACGCGCCGUGGCUGCAGCUGACACAGUACGAACUGGCCAAACUCAGGAAGCGCAUGAAGAAGAACGCCACGUGGACACCCAGUGAUACAAUGGUUGCCAGGGAACUCAAGGCGCUGGGGCGCGGCCCCGACGAGUAUCGCGAGGCGAAGCGCAAGGCGGAAGAGGAGGGUAAGGCGUUCAACCCCAGCAUGCCGAGCCCCGUUGUCGACGACGAGUCGGGCACCCAGCAGCUUCCCGCCGGAGCCUUGAGUGCUGACUCGUUGGCCGCGGAGGAGCAUCCCACCAGUAACAGGGGCAUGAAGCUCAACGAGGCCAAGAAGCUCAAGCGGGAGGCGCUGGCAAAGCUCGCGGCCGAAGAGGCUGAGGACUCGAAGGAGUCGGGCACGCCGUCGGGAAAGCCCAGGACGAGCUCGCGGUCCAACGGCAAGCGGAAACGAGAAGUCGAGAGCGAGGACACGGAGCCCGCCGAAGCAAGCGAGACGCCGGCGUGUCCUCUGCUCAAGCGAACCAAGACGGAGACGCCCGUGCCCCCGCCUCCCCAGCAUCUCGGAUCCGGCCAGAACAAUGCGCCUGCCGCAGACGGGGCCGGAAACGGGGCCCUGCUCACUCCCGGCGGGUCGGUGGUGGUGACGCAGUCGGAGACGCCCGUGCCCAUACCCGUGCCCCCGCAGGGCUCAUCGGCCAAGUCGGCGGCAUCUCCCUCGUCGAUUGCAUCCAAUGGGAACACGGUCACAACGUCGGUGCCCACGAAGCCUCCAGCCGCGGAAACGCCUGUCCCGCUCCCUCGGACAGACCAGAGAGCGCCCGUCCCGCCCCAGACACGCGAGGGCAACAGGCGGGAGACGCGCGGAGACGCCGCGAAGCGUAAUCAGCAACAGGCCCCUGCUCCGUCUCAGCCAGCGCAGCCAGUGAUUCCAGAACAAAUGCCGAUACGGCAGUCGGCCUCGCGCGGCCAUACGCCCGCCGCGACACCGGCGCCGGAAUCCGUUGGCGGGAGACGGCCAGGAUCUCGAGGUAAGGCGAUGAGUCAAGAGCCACCGCCCUCGUUGGCGGCCGAACGGUCGCGGCGCGCCAGCACGGCUCGCAACACGCCGGUGCCAGAGUCGAAGCAGCCGCCUAAGCGGGCCAAGCGGCCUGCCCCCGGGGUCGUGAGCACGACGAGCAGCGGCGGUAACAGCGCCGUCGGCAAGCGGAAGGCGGCCCCGAAGAGAAAGGCGCGGACGACGAAGCGGGAAAAGGGCCAGGUGACGGAGACGGAGAUGGAGGAGGUGGACGACGAAGGCAACCCGAUCGACCCCAACGAGCCGCGCUAUUGCCUCUGCAACAGGGUGAGCUUCGGGACGAUGAUCCAGUGCGACAACAUGGAUAACUGCAAGCAGGAAUGGUUCCACCUCGAGUGCGUGGGCCUGUCGGACAUCCCGGCACGGACGACUAAGUGGUAUUGCCCGGACUGCCGCAGGCUGCUCAACAUUGGCGAGCGGGGAGAGGUUAGCGCCCGGGGCGUCAGGAAGUAG